UUGAUUCUGUGUCACCUUGGGCGCCGGCGCAACCAACUACACCUUGGCGUCCGAUAAGAAUGUACUUUUCGGAUACCGUGCAGAGCCCCAGCUAUAUAUUUCCAACACUUCUUCCUCCCUACUUUUUUCUGUGUCUCCCCAGCCCAAAUUAUGGCAAGCGCAUCAUCACGGCCCAGUCCCAUACCUGUCGCUACCGACCUUCUGACCAACGAGAAUACGAUCGAGGCUGACCUUGUUACGAAUAUGGCAAGUACCCUAGAGCAGAUCCGGGAUGAACUCAGACCGAAUAAUGUGAACGAGGACCGUGGAAGCCUAGUCGAGGAUAUGUCAUACACCAUGAAGACACUGAACAAUGGGGCCGGACCGAAUAGCGCGACGGAGAAUCCUGCGGUGUUCAUUGAAGGAAGCCUUGCUAUGAAUAUGUCAGACACGCUGGGGCAGAUUCUCGAAGUCCUUCGAGAAUCUACUAUUGCAGGAGAGCACGGAAAAGAUGCCAAGUCAAAGUUCUGGGCGAAAUAUAAGAAGAUUUCGAAUGAGUACGAUGAUGACUUCCUCAACCGGGCGCACAACGAUAUAACCGUUAUCCUGACUUUUGCUGGUCUACUCUCGACCGUCAUCGCCACUUUCGUCAUCGGAAUGCAGCCCGACCCGACAGACACUACCAAUGCCCUCUUGGUGCAGCUCAUAGAAAUCACUAUUAACGGGUCAAGUGCCUCACGUGAUAUAAGCAAUCUUUCAUCGUCUACGGGAUAUUCCUCUUCAACUGUCUGGAUACAAACUCUUGCCUAUAUGAGUCUAGCGCUCAGUGUCAUCGCUGCAUUUGGAGGUGUUUUGGGAAAGCAAUGUCUCAAUUCAUACGAGGCAGCUCGGGAAAAGGGAGGAACUUCAGAAGAGAGUGGGAUGCGGAGGCAGAUGAAACUAGACGGGCUGGUUCGUUUCCAGCUGCGCCCUUUGUUGCAGGUAUUCCUUGUGCUCCUCCAGAUUGCACUUGUGCUCUUCAGCAUCUCACUAUGCCUCAAGACGUGGGCAGACUCCGUGCCAACAUUCGGAUUCAUGGCAACCAGUGCAACUCUUAUCGCUCUUUCCUAUGCAGGCACCAUCCUCGUGUCAGUGUGGUGGCCCAAUAGUCCUUUUCAGACACCGGGGACAGAUAUGAUUCGGGCGCUCUGCAAGAAAAUUCUACCAAAAAGACAUUUAUAUCCUUCUACGUUCGCCAUAUCGUCAGCCAUACGCUGGAUACUAGAGACGUCGACAGACCCAUCCAUUGUCGAGGCUGCGGCUGCAAUGGUACCUUCCGUGCCGUGGUCGCCGAACCUUGACGCUUCAGCAGCCUUCGUCCGUUUACGUGAGAGUUUCGUGGCGUGUCGUGACAGGGACGAGCUAUAUGUAAAGUAUGGCAAGGCCAUGGCCCAUCUUUGCAUCCAGUCGGUGAAAAUCAAGAAGAAACAUUUGUUGUUUCGUUGGGAUGAUAAUAAAUUCAAGUCAACCCGAAGUCGUUUCAUCCGUGAUGCAUUCAUUGCUGGACAGGGUGCCUACUAUCAGUCGAAGAAUUCACUCUUACCAAACGAUAUACUGAAGUAUCGGGCCGAUACACGCACCGCUCUCAGGACGAUGCUUGUCCAUGGACAAUCCUUGGGGCUUUCACGUCCUGAUGAUGAAGAGUUGAUUUGGUCCGGUGAUCUGUGCUGGUAUCACGGCGAUGGGGAUGAAAAUAGCUACGAAGAGUUUGAUUGGCUCGUUGAUUACCUGGCGAGCGACACAAACACAGACGAUGAAACAGAAGGCGACGCUUUGCUUGCGCUGAGCGCCAUGCAGGGAUUAGGGAGCUCUACCAAGCAACAGUCCUACAUCAGCUCCCUUAUCCGUUGUUUGCACUCCACCACAUCCCCCCGUGUCCGACACGCCGCGCUUAGAGCUGUUUUUGAAGCUCGAGAAGCACUAGCUUUUAUAACCGAUGCCUCAAUGCCACAGGGUGUUGACGGACAACUCCUGGAUGAGCUUUCCAAGGCUCUUCUAGCUGCCGUGCGUCUAGGUGCCGACGCACAACUCCUGACUGCUAUUUUAACUGCUGUGCGUCCAAAGGACGACCAGACAACCUACGACACUGGACCCGACGGCUCUUCCCACGAAAAUCGAGACUAUUGCUACAUCCGCCUCAUCUACGCUUUGACAAAGAACGACGAGUGGUGUCGACGUCUGACCCGUGAUGGCCAUCUCGAACGGUGUAUUUCCCUAGUUGACGGAGUGUCUCAAAAGGGCCAUACGGAUGUCGGAUUCUGCCUUCUAGUGAUCUUUGGGCGCAUUGCGUCCUUGGGCAAGGAUUUUCCUUUCAGUCCUGCCGAGGAAAGAUGGCGGCUACUCCUCAAGAACCCAUGGAACUCGGCAAAAUAUCUUGUAGGGGAAGAUGGCUAUGUCGAUGAAAUACCAGCCUUCGUGACAGCGACGAGGCUGAAUUUGACAGUCUCGGAUGAUUGUGUUCCGAAGGAGUGGUUCAAAGGUCUCGCUGCAGAUGUUCGUAUGACUUUGGUCGAUUUGAGGGAUUCGGAGAGACAAGCGAUCCUUGCGGAUGAUGGUGUAGCUCAGGCUACCAUGGACGCUGCGUUAUCCUCUAUGCAGGGCUUGUACGACGAUUUAUGUCGUAUGACCGAGGACCAGAAGGCCCUGUAAAGGGAAGGUGGACCUUUGGACUGACAGAUAACAUCGUAGUGACGUACUUACUGUUUCGCAUUUGUCACCCACAUUCCCGUGGUUAGAUUAGUGGGUCCAUGAGAUAGAUGAGAUUUACUCACAGAAAGGCCAUUUUUUUACUUAUCUUGUAUUCAUUGUAAUCGUAGUUCUGUCUUGUCUAUCAAGAAGUAGGCGACUAACGUUUG